GCAGUUAAACAAAAACAAAAGCAGCCUUAAAAUGAUUUUUCAGUUAUCAGUUUAAUCAAAAGAGCAUGAUUUGUAUAACUCUUUCCUCUUUGUCCAGCAGCUGGGACAGGAAUAUUAUCCCAUAGAAAAUAUUUGUAACAACCCUUUAAAACAAUGUGACAAUGGUCGCAUUAAAUAUAAUGCUACUUUCUAUAUACAAAGUCACAAUUUAGUAUUCAAAGGCCACUAUGAUCAGUUGCAAUUAGUUUUCCUAUCAUUUAACAGGAAGUAACUAAUAUACUAAAAGGGUGUGAGGGCAAAAAGCUGGGGUCUUGCGGGGAAAUAAAAGCAGCUUUAAGGGAAAUGUGUAGUCAAGUGUGAAAUUACAGCCCAUGGUGUUACAUAUUGUACCAGAAGCUCCCUCCAAAAAUACUAACAAAAAGAAGAAGCGUCCUCAAAUUUGGCCGGGAGGCAUAACAUAACAUGGCCUCCUGUUCUUUUAGCCGAACCCACAACGGUCACAGUGCGAAUAUUUUAUAAAUCUAAGUGCCUUCCUCAGUGAAGCUAAAGCUUACAAUACCAGUUAGCAAAUGCAUUGUUUUUAAACACAGUAUUUAGGGUGUUGAUGUUUAGAUCUAUGUGCACUUUCCAUUUAAAUUUUAAAAGUAUAUCACAGUAAAACAACAAUAAUAAAUGCCAAGACGACGAAAGAUAUUUAUAACAAAAAUGUUUAACUAUUAACAUGUUUGUUAAUAUGUUACCAUCUGCAGAAAUGGAGAAGUGCAAAACGAUUGCAUUGGAGUCUUGUCGGUUUAUAGCAUUUAUAAAUAAAAUACAAAAUGCGACUUUUAUAUGACUUUAUCAGCUGCCUCUUCUGUAUUAAUAAAAAAGCAUGCUAACAGACAUCAUGUAAGGAUUAAUAAUCAAAUGAGAUUUUUCUGAAACUAAAUUUUCUUAAAAAUAAUACAUACAAUUUUUUGCCUUAAAAUAAUAUUUUUCUAUUAAGUGACAAAUUUAUUCGAUAAAAUUACAACAUGCCUUAUAAGACUGCUUAAAUGUAUAUGCAUAAAAACUAGGGACAUAUUCAACUAAUCGUCGUUAUUAUACUAAAUACUAAAAUAUGUAAAGCCUGGUAAAGCCGUAAUAAACUAGCCGAUCAAUAAACAAACGGAUCAAUUCAUAAGACAACUUUGUAUCUCAGUUAUAGCCUGCUUAACAUUUUUCGUCAUGGGCAACAGCUCAGUUUUACAUUAAAAAUAAAAAUACUUAAAACUUAAAAAUCACCAACAAACAUUAUGUUCAUUGCGUGUUAUAAAUAAUCAAGAGAUUUGUUGAAUACCCAUAAAACAAACUUCAAGAGCCUUAGUUAAAUAAAGCAAACUACGCAGCGCCAUCUACAGAGAGACCUAGAACACAACAGAGCAAACUGCAUGGUCAAGACACAACCUUUCACUAACAUGUAUGACAAGCGGCAAACCUUCCUUGUUAUAGUAUCAAAAGCAAUUUAGAUAAUAUUACAGUAAUUCUCGUAUGUCAGCAAGCUGUCAAAUGCACGAGCAACUUUCUGUCAGAAAUUGUGAUUAUAUAUCUGUGCCUAUCUUUCCACUUCUUUACUGUAUUGUUUACGUUUUUCACAUUCCCCACAAAAUAAAUAAACAAAAGCCAAAUAAUUAAAUAAAAAGCAUAAUACAAAAUACAAUAAAAAAUGUUUAUCGACUUAACAUAAUUGAUGUUCUACAAAAACAUGCGAUAACAGCGAAAUAAGAAAACUACAACAAGGAGGUGAUGCAAAACAUUAAAUAUGAUUUUUGGACCUUCUUCCAAGCAAACGAUCUUUUAAAUUGUUGUCAACUUUGCAGCACUGCGAAUAUACGUACACUACGCAAUAUUUUACAUUCAGUUUCAACGUUUAGUUCACCAAAAUGAUUUAAACAUGAUUUACUUAGUUUGACAACAUAUAUAGUUAAAAAUACCACGAUGCUCGGUCGCUGGUGUUACCGCUUCCUUUCCACUUGUCUUUUAAUUUCCUCGAUUUUUUAACCCAUCUCUCCUCAUUUCCCUGUUUGCAUCCCUCCCCUUCCGAAGUGUCAGAUGAAGAGACCUCCUCAUUUGGUGCUCCAGCUUUUUGCGUUGGCGAAUCACAAAGUGUUGGAAUCUAUUGCCUUUGUCUGACAUGUCAUCCAUCUCUAUGCGAGGGGGGAUCUGGGGAGGAGGGGGCGGUGGACUGCAGCUUUUAGAAACAGACACACUGAGAAGAGGGGUUUCAGUCUCAGCCCAAAGCUUCUAACAGGCACAUCCCAUUCUUGAAGAGAGGGGGACCGAAAGACACUCGCCGUGUCCAUGUUUUUUCCUGUCAUCCCCGCACAAAUCUGACUGUACCCCUUCUCCAUAUCGAGGAAUUUACACUGCAGUUUCACCAGAGGACACUGGAGGAGACGCAACCACAAAUGCUUGCGUUCCCUUAAAUAUGUAGCUAAAAAUAUUAAGUGAACGACUGAUUACGCUUGCGGUUCUGCGUAAUUUUUUGAGACUCGUGCAGGACAUGAUCUGCACCUGACCAGCCUCGUGUCUUUAUUUGAUGGACUGAACAGCACGAGAUAAAGUUCGUGGCGCGCCGAAGAACUUCUGUACACGGGCAUCGGAAGCAUUCUGCUCUGAACGGAUAGCAAUCUUUAUUAAUUCCCAUUAAAGCUACAUAAUCAAGGCGAGACGGCGACCUCAGUCGAUUAUCUUUCCUUCCUUUGCUAUCCCAUGGAUAUUCACUGCAAAGCGGACCCCUUCUCGGCGAUGCACCUAUCCCAUAUAGGGCACGGCGGUGUGAACCAGCUAGGAGGGGUGUUUGUGAAUGGCAGACCCCUACCUGACGUGGUCAGGCAAAGAAUCGUGGAGCUCGCGCACCAAGGAGUCAGACCUUGUGACAUCUCAAGACAAUUACGGGUCAGCCAUGGCUGUGUCAGCAAAAUUCUCGGAAGAUAUUACGAAACCGGCAGUAUUAAACCUGGAGUUAUUGGGGGGUCCAAACCAAAAGUGGCGACGCCCAAAGUUGUGGAUAAAAUUGCAGAAUACAAGCGGCAGAAUCCCACAAUGUUCGCCUGGGAGAUCAGAGACCGACUGCUUGCCGAAGGCGUGUGUGACAAUGACACUGUACCAAGCGUUUCAUCUAUAAACAGGAUAAUUCGAACCAAAGUCCAGCAACCUUUCCAUCCAUCUUCCGAUGGCACAGGAACGCCUCUCUCCACAGCAGGACACACUAUAGUACCCAGCACAGCUUCUCCGCCUGUGUCAAGUGCUUCCAAUGACCCCGUGGGGUCCUACUCUAUUAAUGGCAUCCUCGGGAUCCCUCGCUCCAACGGUGAAAAGAGAAAACGCGAUGAUGUUCUCUGGAGUGGCAACCACUUGGAUGGGAAGAAAAUAGGAUAUUAUGGUUCAGAUGGCUCUGGCCCAAACAGUGAUUCUCAGGGUAGCGUGGAGAGUUUACGGAAGCACCUGAGGGCCGAUGCCUUCACUCAACAGCAGCUGGAGGCUCUGGACCGCGUGUUCGAGCGGCCGUCGUACCCUGACGUCUUCCCCACGUCAGAGCACAUCAAGCCAGAGCAGGCUAAUGAAUACUCGCUACCAGCACUGAAUCCUGGACUGGACGAAGUCAAGCCCAGUCUGUCGACCAGCGCCAGUUCAGAUUUGGGCUCCAGCGUGUCACAGAGCUACCCGGUAGUGACAGGUCGAGAUAUGGCGAGCACGACCCUACCGGGAUACCCACCUCACGUUCCCCCCACUGGGCAGGGCAGCUACCCCACCUCUACACUUGCUGGAAUGGUGCCUGGAAGUGACUUUUCAGGAAAUCCCUACUCUCACCCACAGUACACAACCUACAAUGAAGCUUGGCGGUUCAGCAACCCCGCAUUAUUAAGUUCCCCUUAUUAUUAUAGUGCCGCAUCCCGGGGCUCCGCCCCUCCCACUGCUGCCACUGCCUAUGACCGCCACUAGUUACCAUGGCAACCCAAUCAAACUGCAGGACCAUGGCCGCAGCCUCCAUAUCGUACCAGUCUGAAAGCCGUUAAGGUCAGAGGGAUUGAAGAAGGCUACAGAAUCUUCAGUUUCAUGGGGCCGAGAUCGGAUUAGGAGGGUCAAGCAACAGCGCAACCCCUCCCUCCAUCCCUCCCUCACCCAGACAUCAACUAUACCCCCCGCAUCAUCGACACUAAGGCUCUCGUUCUCUAAAUCGGUGAACAAUGACUGAACUAUUUCCUGAAAGACUUCUGAAAGAUUCUACAAAAAUAUAUAUAUUAUACAAGAUAUAAAACAAGACGAACCGUGUGAAGAAUACAAAAGUAACAAUUGAUGUGUUGUUGUUUUUUUCCUCUCUUUAAAUCAAUCAAUACAUUCCUUUACAUGCUGUGUUUAGUAUCGCUAACAGUUCACACACACACACACGCAAGGUUGCCUGAGGCCUUUAAAAAGUAAUUUAACCAUGUCCUACCAUUUCACUAGUGUCUUACCUCUCAUGGACAGAACAGCAAUGUGUACGAGAUCAAGAGAAACUGCUCAGUUGUCUGUCAAACAGAACAGUGAAACACUUUUAGAAGCCAUCACUGACUCGUGGUACGAAAUUACCAACAUGAUUUAACAUUUUCUGUGAUACACAAUCAAAAUGGGAGAGAGAAAAUAGAAAAAAAAAGAAAAACAGGUCAUAGAGACUGUUGCUGUACAUGACCUGAAAUGAAAUCCGUAUAUUAAAUUAUUGUUUUGGUUUAGCUGAUGGUUUGUGUGCGUGUUGCAUUUGUGUGUGUGUGUCAUACAUUUACCGGAUAUUUCAUUUGUUCAUGUCUCAUAUCUUAUAUCAUGAUUGGUGCCGCUUUUCUUGUUUGCACUAUUUUGCAGUACUGGAUGAAGUACAGUAAUCUUCUUACAUGUAAUAUAUUCAAAGGUCUACUCAAAUUGACAGAGUAACAGCAACGUCGGAGAAAUAUACACUAGCUGUUUGCCUUUUUAAACUUUUUGUCUGUUUUUUGUCAUUCAGUGUAAAUCAUAAAGGAACAAUUUCCAUCAUGUGUAUCUGAGACAGAUUCUGGCUCAGUACCAAUGUAAUUAUUCAUGAUAUGAAGUCAUCGCUUGUACAACAACAUCAAAGUUCAACAAAUGCCUUACAGCUUUUUAAUUUAUAUUUUUUACGUUUGUUUGGCUAAAGUCCUGAGAGGUAGACAUGCAUGUAACCCUUUUGUGGUUCAACAAACAUUUCUAAAUGCUAAGUGGGAUAUGAAACCGGUCCAUUCAUACACUCCUGGAAAUGUAAAGUGAAUGUACUUUAUACCACGUUUGCCAAAGACUUAGUUUGAUAUUUAAUAUUUUAUUUGCUGUAUCUGUCAAUAAAACAGUAUUAUGUUUUAAUAUUAGUCAAUACUGAUUGUAUGUGAUAAUGUUGAACAAAAGGACAAGAUCCAUCUUAGCCCCACAGCAAUGUACACAAGGAAGGUGAAUUCUGUUUGUCAUUUAAGGAUAUUUAAAGGUAUGUCAUUUGCAACAAACUGCUGCUUUGUAGAAUGAUUUGUGUAUAAUGUGAAAACAAUUCUUCUAUGUAUAUAAGAUCACCUACAUUUCACCAUUGCAGUAUCGUACUAAUUUACCGAUUCCAUUUGUAGAUAUGAGAAUUGAAAGAAAAAAAAAACAUUUGACAUUACAUGUGUCUUCGACGUGUUGGGCUUUUCUAAAACGCACAACAAAAAGUUUGAAACCCGCACCGGUGGGUUUCAGAUGCUGUCACCACAUGUGCGGCUGUUUGUAUGUUUUGUUUUGGUUUUUCUUAACUUGUUCAUACUGUUUAAGUCUCUAUGCAAAUUAAGUAAAAUGGUAUUCUGUAUUCUCCUUUA